AUGAGUCGGACUCGGCGUCAAAUCCUCGGCACUUUCUUUGGGAGUGUCCUGUUUUUCUUAUUUUAUCUGCACUACCACGCAAACAAUGACCAUCUCCCUCUGUCCCAGCUUACCUCCUCCCCGAUUGCUGCGGCACAAACCGAUGACGACCAAAGCUCAAAUGACUUACCCAAAAAUGAAUCCUUGUGGAAGCAGCUGCCUGUGCGAUACCCGGUACUCGAGGUCCAACAAGUGCCCGUGAAAUCCCGAACCUUCCCAAAGCUUCAAUCGACGGACCAUGAAAUCCCCAAACCGGCCCUACAACGUCAAAUGACAAGGCAAGCGGCUGUGAAGGAGAGGUUUGAACGCUGUUGGAAGUCUUAUCAGUCCCAUGCUUGGGCAGCAGACGGGCUCAUGCCCCUCAGCGGUCUUCCCACGAAUAACCGUGGAGGCUGGGGUGCCCGAAUCCUGGAAAAUCUCGAUACUCUGUGGAUAAUGGAGAUGUACGAAGAAUUUGAAGUCGCCGUCACUGCAGUCACACAAAUAGAUUUCGACGUCACAGAUGCGCCAGAGCUCAACACUCCUGAUGUCAACAUCCGUCUACUCGGGGGGUUACUGGCCGCUUACGAUCUCAGCAAUGACCAAAGAUUGUUGACCAAAUGCGUUGAACUGGGUGAUAUGCUCUAUGCAGCAUUUGAUACCCCCAACAGAAUGCCCAUAAUUCAUUGGAAUUCGCAUAAGGCUUCUCGAGGCGAGGAGCAGCUAGCCGAAGAGAAAGUUCUUGCCGCAGAACUAGGGUCUUAUACUCUGGAGUUUACAAGGUUAUCCCAAAUCACCGGCGAUUCAAAGUAUUUCGAUGCUGCCCAGCGAGUGUUGGAUCUGUUUGAUCGCCAAUAUGGAUCUACCAAGCUGCCCGGCCUUUGGCCGGUGUAUGUGAAUGCCAGAGCGGAGUCAUUUGAUGGCGAUGAAUACGCGAUCGGGGCCAUGGGGAAUUCCUUCUACAAAAUUUUACCACAAGCGUAUGCGUUGAACGGUGGUCAGAUGCCAGUCAAUCGCAGGAUGUACGAAAGGUUUACCUUUGCAGCAGCAGGACACAACCUCUUCCGACCGAUGAAUCCUGAUGAGGAAGAUAUACUCCUCCUAGGUACAGUUCAUGCUUUUGUGACGCAGAAUGGCAAGCCUCGGACCCAUUUACAGUCACAAGUACACUACCAAUCGUGCUUUGCAGGUGGGCUUUUUGCUCUAGGAGGAGCUCUGUUUGGCCUUCCUGCGCACAAAAGGAUCGCACACAAGCUGGUUGACGGGUGUAUCUGGGCCCACGAAGCUAUGUCGCAGGGGAUCAUGCCAAAGGUCUUCGAUGCGGUUCCAUGCGCAUCCCAGUUACACUGUCCGUGGAAUGAGUGGCAUUGGAAGCAGGAAGCUUGGAAGAAAGCCAACAGCUUGAAGAUUGAACGCAUUUCGGACAUGAAUAUCGAUACUUUCAUCAAGGACCACCACUUACCGAAAGGAUUCAUUGACAUACCUGACACCAUAUCUGAAUUGCGACCAGAGGUCAUUGAAAGUAUUUUCGUACUUUAUCGGGUCACGGGGCGUGCAGAUCUUCUGGACAAAGCUUGGGAAUUAUUUGAAUCUUUGAACAAUGUUUCAGCGACCAACUAUGGAAAUGCAGCCAUUGUUGAUGUCACGUUUGAGAGUAAAGCACCCAUGCUCAGUGACUCAAUCGAGAAUUUCUGGAUGUCAGAGACAUUGAGAUACUUUUAUCUCAUUUUUGGUGCGUCCGAUUUGAUCAGCUUGGAUGAUUUUGUUUUCAAUGCAGCAGGUCAUCCCCUGAGGCACCCUCGUCCCUCAUAA